AUGGAUUUUUUGCUUUCUUUGAUAUUUGGAUUGCAAAUAGCUAAUACUAUACAUCAAAAAACGGUUGAAGAGAGUCAUCAAAAACGAAAAAGAGGUCGUCCCAAAAAGAAUGCUCAUUUCCUUCCUGCUCCUGUUAUGAGGAAUAUUCGACAGGAUCAAUUGACGCGCUUAAUAACGAGUAACAUUAUGGAUGCGGAGAGAAUUAAAGAAUUAUUGACGGAGCUCAUAAAUUUGUCGCAGUCAAUUAAUAUAUCUUCUACAACUGAAAUUCCAGAUUUUCAAUGUGCUGGGACCUCUCGUUCGCAAUUUUGUAGUUGUGGGCGUGUCCUCUCCGUGGAUGAUGGCAUGAUUCGCUGUGCUUGUGAGGCUUCUAUUACAAAUGAAUCUUCAAUAAUAAAAGAGGAAUUAGAUUUGGAUUAA